UUAAACAUCUUAGUUGCGCGAUGUCAAGGCCUGUUUUAUAGAAGGCAGUGAUUAAAUUGAAAUUAACCGGACUUACAACAUACAGACUACGGACUAACUACCUAUAAUAAAUUACAAAAUCCGCGGUACCAAACAUGAUUUCUGAAACAGCUGCUCAGUUGUUCAAUCGGUUAUGUGAUAAACCAAAUUUAUCCGAUCUUGAUGGGAAAAUAUUUUUUAAACAAAAAGAUGACAUUUUUUUUGCUGAGUUUGCUGGAAAUGAAAGUUGUGGAAAAACAGAGCUUAUGCUUAACUCAAUUGUUAACACUAUAAUGCCCAAAGAGUGGAACAAUUUGUGUAUUAAAGGAAUGAACUAUACUGCGAUUGUAAUAGACCUGGCUUAUAAAUUUCCUGCUAUUCGACUUAUUACAUUGUUAGAGAAUCGUAUAAAAUUAUUUUCAGAGAGUAAUAACUGUGAAUUAGACAUUGACUGCUUCGUAAAAGAUUGUUUAAGUCGUUUUUACAAAUUUGUUUGUAAUUCUACUUCAGAUUUUAUAAAUGUGCUGAGUUAUAUACCACAAUUUGUAAAUGAAAAUCCUGGGGUUUGUCUAGUUGCCAUUGACAACAUUGAGGUUUUUUACUGGAUAGAUAAAGUUAAAGGAUCUAGAUCAAACUUUGCAAUUGAAAAACUGCUUAGAGUUUUAGUUGUAGAAUUAAAGAUUAAUGUUAUCAUAUGCAGAACAAUUUUGUUUGAAGAAAAAAAUGAGUAUAAAAAAUCAUUUGAUAUUCCCAAGUACAAUCUUAACCUCAUAUUAAAAAGCAAUAAUUUGUUUGUUUGUUCAUCAAAAAAUUAUUCUCAAAUCACUACAUUCACAAUUGACAGAAAUGGUGUCAAAUACUUGUAAGAUAUCUGUUUAUAUUUUGUUGAUAUUUACAGAAAAACUUUAUAUUAAAAAUUUUUAUAUCAUUAUAUUUCAAGAAAAAUAUUUUGUAACAAGUUGUCUUGAUAAAAUUUGAUUUUUGGUUUUUAUUUUAUCAUUUUUUAUUUUAUCUCUGUUGUUUGUUCAACUUGUUUGCAAUUUUAAGGGUAACAAAAAAAAACCUUCCAUGUUUUGAAAAAGAAAUUCUGUUAUUUCAAUUCAACUUAUCGUAUAUUUUGAUUUAUUACAAAUAGAUAUUUCAAUUUAAAAUCACAAAUGUCAAGUUAAGCAUGUAUCAUUAAAAGUGUUUAAAUUAUCAAAAGUUUAAAAUUAAAAGUUGAAUCAACUUAUAGAUUUUACCUUAAGUAAAUAUUGUGUAAAUGAAAUCCGAUCAUGAAAUCCAAUCAUGAAAUCCAAUCAUGGUUUCAAUAUGAUUAAACUGAGUAUUCUCUAAGUUUUAUUUUUUAUUCAAAGUGUAAGAAAUGUAAAGAUGUGUGUUAUUGCCCCUGAUUGCAAUGUUUCAUUGUUGUGAUAAUGUUGAGAUUACAUUUUUAUUUUGAAUUUUAUUAAAGCUAAUAUAUAUAUAUGAUUUUAUAUUUCUUUUUCAAAUAUUUAUGAACGUAUUAUGUUAUAUAUUAAUGCAAUAAUGAGUAAAAAUUGAUUUUUAUUUUUUAUUUUUUGUUCUUUAAAAGGUCACCACUAAAUCAAAAGUUUAACUUUACUAUGUAUGUAUUUAUAUAUAGUAUGAAAAUCUAUAAUAUUUCA